AUGGGUUUCUCUCGUGCACCAGAAGAUAGGCCGACGCCACCAGAGGUCUAUGGUUAUAGACCAUACAUGUUGACUUUCCUGGCCUGCUUGGGGAGUUGGAUGUUUGGCUACAACAACGGCGUCAUAGCAGGCGUGCUCGUCCUCCCCUCCUUCGUGCAUACCUUCCACCUCCCCAUGCCCGGAUCACCAGCCUACAACACCAUCAUCGAGAACAUAGUCUCGCUCCUUCAGAUAGGUGGCUUGGUCGGUGCUAUGGCUACGUUUCCUGGGAUGAAGUAUUGGGGACGGAAGGUUGCGCUGGCAAUCAGUGCGACGGUUUAUACGGUUGGUGCUGUGGUGCAGACUUUCUCGUAUGGUAGACUGAGUAUGAUGUAUGCUGGACGCUUUAUUACUGGUCUUGGAGCUGGAGGUGCGACUGUCGUGGUGCCUCUUUACAUAGCCGAGCUCUCACCUCCAUCAAUCCGCGGCUCCCUCGUCGGCAUCUACGAAAUCAAUAACCAGCUCUCCUCCCUCCUCGGCUACUGGUGCAAUUAUAUCGUCAACGAAUACAUCCCAGGCACCUCAAUCCGACAAUACCAAAUCCCACUCGCCAUGCAAAUCAUCCCCUCAGUCCUUCUCAUUCUCGCCUCCCUCUUCAUCCUCCCCGAAUCACCACGUUUCCUCGUCAAGAAAUCCAGAGCGGAAGAGGCACGAAAAGUCCUUGCAUAUGUGAGGCAUUUGUCCGUAGAGCAUGAGUAUGUCGGACUUGAGAUGCAGGAGAUUGAGGAGGCAGUGAGAAGGGAGGAUAAUUUUGGGGGUGUUGGUAUCGGAGAGAGUGGACAUGGUGAAGGCGGAAAGUUGGGAUUGCUGAAAGAGUUGUGGUGGAAGGGGAAUCGGGGAAGGGUGCUAAUUGGUGUGGGUUUGAUGGUUGGGCAAAACUUCACUGGGAUUAAUGGUGUGAACUUUUAUACGCCGACAAUUUUCAAGAGUAUUGGAUUUAGUGGGAUCAAAGUCAUUUUGUUGGCUUCUGGAAUGUACGCCGCUGUGAAAACCAUCGCGACGAUCAUCUCCCUCGUUUUCUUCAUCGACCGUCUCGGACGCAGGAAGCUGCUCAUCACAAGCUCCAUCGGAACCUGUCUACCACUCUGGUACAUCGGGGCCUUCGUCACAGCGAAACACAUCGAUCUUAAAAUGGAGCAGGAGAAGAGUGUUGCUGGGUGGGUAGCCAUUGUCUGUGUUUACGUAUAUGCUGCCUCCUUCUCGGUUGCAUGGAACGGCGUAGUUUGGGUCUAUUGCGCAGAGAUUUUCCCAACCCGUAUCAAAGAACUCGCUGUCUGCUUGACCACAGCCGUACAAUGGAUCUGCCAGUUCAUCGUAGCCCGCUCCUCACCCAGCAUGCUCACCAAUCUCCGUGGCGGAUUCUUCUACUUAUUCGCCUCUUGUAUCACAAUCAUGGGUCUUUUCGUCUUCUUUCUUGUUCCCGAGACGAAAGGUCGGACAUUGGAGGGCAUGGAUGAGAUUUUUGGCAGUGCGUAUGGAGAUGUUGACAGCGGAGUAGAUCUUGGAGCUGCGAGGAAAGUGGAAGAAGGCGGGAAAGAGCCUGUGAAAGGGAUUCGAGUACAGAGAAAGGAGGGUUCUGGGGAUGACAUUACAAGAGUUACGACGCAACAGGCGGUGCCAAUGGCUAGUCUCUGA